CGUCUCCUGAGACAUUGCAUUCAUCUGUGCGGCAUGCGUCACGUCAAGCUGGUCGAUGGCCUCUGGGUGAAGAAGUUGGGAUGAUAUGGCCGUGCUUUUGAUGAGCGAGUGGUCAUCUUUGCUUGGUCGUAUACCGUCAUUGCCCGGCAGUGCCCAGGCGCAGACUUGCCGUCUCCCAAUCGUCCACGAUGAUGACCGUCGCCUCAGUGAGGUGAGUCGUAGAAACAGAAUGAAACUUGCUACGUUACCCGUCAAGGUCAAACAAGGUAUUCGUGGACGUGGAUGUUUUGGUUUGACCUAGUUAUAUCAUACCGUGAUCAUUGCUUGAUCCCCUGCGUUGACAAGCGCCGCUGUCGCACCAACCUACCAU